UCUAUUCUCCUGUUUGACUGUUUCCCCUUUUUGGGGUGUUUCCCUGAACAUCUCGUUCCAAUUUCCUGAGCAAGAAACACCCAACUCCCACGUUUCCACGUUCACCCAUUUAUAUCUCUCUCAUCUUCUUUGCUUUUCAGAAUCAUCAUCAAUUAUUACUUUUAUAGGGUUUAGGUAACUUCAAUUCUCUCACUCUUCGGAACAACCAAUUGGGAAAACCGUUGCUUAAUUGUACACCACAACACAGUCUUCUUCAGUUCUACAACAACAAUUAUAUUAAGGUGUUCUCUGUGUGCAUGUAUCAAUUUGUUCCAGCACAAUAUUUGUAGAUGGACAAUGAAUUUGAGGACAUACAAGAAGAAGUUUCAGACAAGAUUCCAAGCACUCACCAGAGAAGAAAGCAGUCGUUUAUUUGGAAAGUUUUGACGAUGAAAGAGAGAAAUGGAGGCACAACUGGAAGAGAUUUGGUUGAUUCACUUGAUGCAAUUCCUGAUUCGUCAAUUGAAAACUGCAUCUCAGAGUCUUCUAUGUCUUCUGUUGAAGCAAUUCAUAAUUUCAGAGUUUUUGCAGCAACUUGGAAUGUAGGAGGGCAAUGUCCCAAUGGGAACCUUGAUUUGAGUGAUUUUCUCCAGGUCCGAAAUGAACACGACAUAUAUGUCUUAGGCUUUCAAGAGAUUGUUCCAUUGAAUGCGGGAAACGUGCUAGUCCUCGAGGAUAAUGAACCGGCUGCAAAAUGGCUUGCUUUAAUCAACCAAUCACUCAAUGGAUCUCAUGAUUUGUCUUCCAAAGGACUGAAAUCCACAGCAUCAUUUGGUAGUUCCUUGUCUUUCCAAAAGCCUUCUUUAAAGAAGAUUAAGAAGACUUUCAAGAAGCUAAAUGGAAGGAAGCUAAAAAGUUGUAACUGUGUUCUUGAAAUGGAAAGGAAGGCCUCUAAGGAUUUCUGUUUCCGCUGCCAAGAACCGAAUUUAAAGCCAGAUGAUUCUUCCACUGAAGAAGAUGAUGACAAUAUCCCUAUUUCUGUUUUGGCCACAAGUCAGAUGAAAUACAGUCUUGUUGCUUGUAAGCAAAUGGUUGGAAUUUUCGUUUGUGUUUGGAUGCGAAAGGAGCUUGUUCAGUAUGUAGGCCAUUUGAGAAUAUGUUGCACCAGUCGCGGAAUCAUGGGUUGUCUCGGAAACAAGGGUUGUAUAUCGGUUAGCAUGUCAUUUUAUCAGACGAGUAUUUGUUUUAUCUGCAGUCAUUUAGCAUCUGGAGAGAAAGAGGGCGAUGAACUUCGCAGAAAUCUCGAUGUCAUAGAGAUACUAAAGAACACUCAGUUUCCAAGGAUUUGUAAGACACCACAGAGCAGGAUGCCUGACAAAAUUUUAGAUCACGACCGAAUCAUAUGGUUUGGGGACUUGAAUUACAGAAUUUCUUUGAGCUAUGAUGAUGCAAAAAGGCUUGUGGAAAAGAGGGACUGGCCAUCCCUUUUUGACAAGGAUCAGCUUAAGAUGGAAAGGGAAGCAGGUCGCGUAUUCAAGGGUUGGAAAGAAGGGAAGAUCUACUUUGCGCCGACUUAUAAAUACCCCAUCAACUCAGAUACUUACUAUCUUGAGAAUGUGAAAGUUUCAAGAAACAAAAGGAGAACUCCAGCUUGGUGCGAUAGAAUCUUGUGGCGUGGAAGUGGAAUACAGCAACUCUCUUACGUACGCAAAGAAUUGAAGUUUUCUGACCAUAGGCCUGUUUGUGCAACAUUUUUUGUACAAGUUGAUGUUUUGUUCAAGGGACAGAAGAAGAAAAAUUCCACUUUCAACUUUCAUAUUCAAGAUCUUGUACACACUAACUCUAGAAGUUUAUAUUAUUCUUGAUAGGAAAAGAUCAAAUAAAUUGACAAUCAUAUGACAAAUGAUCACUAAAUCAGCAUCAAUUUUGAUUUUUUUUUAAUUCAUUUUUUAUGGUAUAUUGCAAGAUAGUUUGAUCACGUGAAGUGCCCUUCAACUUAGGGGACUAGAAUUUGUGAGCAAUUCAACCGUA